GUUGAGUUCCGCGUCAGACAGUCUUUUGGCGUCGUCGCUGUUUGAUCGAACGAGUAGGCACGUGCGGGACUUCUGGGCGAGUAACGAGUUUUUUUUUUUCGUGUGCUAGCGCUUCAAUUUGUUUUCCAACGCCAAGGAUCGUUGAAUUCGACAGUAAGAUCUAUGGAAAAGGGGAAUCCCUUUCAUCAGUGACAUCACUGCUAGAGAGCCGGGAAUUACUUUCCGGAUAAAUGGUGAUCAAACGGUUCAUAAUUAAUGUGAACCUUGGUUAGUAUAGAAGUGCUCAUAGCGUCGUGAAGCGCAUUUGCUCACAACCAGGUGCAACGCGGGCUCAUAACUCGAGUGCAGCGGUAAAUCGAGGACGACAUGUGCGAAACAUAUCACGCGUGAAGUUCAAUAGCAAGGAAACUUGUAUUUGGUGUAAGUGUACUUAUCUUAAUUCAAUUCAACUAAACAACUAGAGCAAACAAGGGCUGAUACGGCUAUCUGCCAAGUGAGUCAACACCUUAAGUCUAGAUGCUCUCUCUAAACAAAGAAAGUGCUCCUCCCAGUGUUUGAGUGUGGCUGCCAAAACAAGGCUUAAGAGUCACCAAAUCGUGUGUAUUUGUGUACGAAACGAUAUGAAUGUUGCAAUAACAUCGUUAAAAUUACUCAAAAACCGUGCAGUCAGCAGCUUGUUAAAAUUAAUCUCGGCGCAGUGCAACAUUACCCACAAUUCAACGGAACGUCAUCAACCAUAGAGCCAACGACGAAUUACUACGCCACUGCGGCCAACAGGAAAAUGUUGGACACCACCACCGGUAGGAAAAAGAGGAACGGUGCCAUGUCCGUAUGGAGCACUAGCACAGCGGGAAUCGACACAGUGCUUGCCACCACCCUAGGAGCGGCCAUCAAUCCGAAAACCUUCAGUACAAACCAUUUGCCCAGUUCCACCGGCCUUGUGCUGACACAGAUCCCAAACGGCAACGGAGUAGUAACAAAUCCGGGUCUCGCUCCCCAGCAGCAGCACCAUCAGUUGAACUUUGUUAGCGCCGCCAGUAAUAGUGCUCUCAACGGGAGCGGUUUCACACACGUCCACCUGCUGACGACGCCUAGCGGGCACGUAGCGGCUGACCGCGGUGGUGGUCCUUUCAGCAGUCACAGCACCAGCAGCAACAGCAAUCACAGUCAUUCCCCGCCCAGUCACGGAACGUUCACGAACAACAAUUCCGUUGGCUGGAACAACCGAACCAGUAUUUGCAGCACACACAAUAAGAGACGUUCACACAUCAGUACAAUGUCCCAAUCCGGCGACGAAUAUAACUCCCCAAAUUAUCUAUCCUGGCGGAAGCUGCAACUCAGUCGAGCGAAGCUGAAGGCAUCCAGCAAAACGUCGGCGCUUCUAUCUGGCUUCGCAAUGGUUGCCAUGGUGGAAGUCCAACUCGACGAGCACACCACCGUACCGCCCAGCAUGCUGAUUGCGUUCGCAAUCUGCACCACUCUCCUGGUAGCGGUCCAUAUGCUGGCCCUCAUGAUCAGCACCUGCAUCCUGCCGAACAUCGAAACCGUAUGCAACCUGCACAGCAUCUCACUGGUGAACGAAUCUCCCCAUGAGCGACUGCACUGGUACAUUGAGACGGCGUGGGCCUUCUCAACCCUGCUCGGGCUGAUACUGUUCCUGUUCGAAAUUGCCAUCCUGUGCUGGGUCAAAUUUUACGACCUCAACACAACGGCCGCGUGGUCGGCAUGUAUCGUCCUCAUCCCUGUGUUGGUCAUAUUCGUGGCCUUUGCUCUGCACUUCUACCGAUCGCUCAUGACGCACAAGUACGAGGUAACUGUUUCCGGCAUCCGGGAGCUGGAGAUGCUCAAGGAGCAAAUCGAACAGGACCACCUGGACAGCCAUCACCAUCACGGGCCACCGUACCAGUCCGUGCAGAUCGUUUGAUCAAUCCUUCCCAUUCGGACGCAAGGCGCGCAUGAAUCUGUGAUCGUGAUUUCUCUUUCUUUAUGUUGAAUCUUUAUUAAGCGCGGAUAUUUACGUUUUUGUUUUAUUCUUGUCAACGUAAUUUAGUUUUAGCCACAUCGGAUUACAGUAAACCUCAUUAUACCAACUAUUGUUUCCCUUUCCCAUUGUAAGCCAAUCAAUAAUGUGAUCAUGUGCUUAUUCGAAGUAAACGAAAGACAUAUUAGCCCCUAGUUAGACAACGAAUGAGAGAAUCAUGUUUGUGCUUUCUAAUGUUUAAGCCAAGGAAGGUGAUUUUAUAUACAACGUCAUAUUACUUUUGUAUAAAAGAGCAAACAUUUAUAAUUUGAUGAGUUUUAAAAUAGAUCCUUCUUUAAAUUAUCUAA